AUGACAAUGAAAUACGCCGACAUUCUUGCUGCCGAAGGAGAUAUCCACAAAAACAUCAAAGGGGAGUACCGAUCCAUCUGCAGCUUUGAACUGAUCAAGAUGCACUUGGGCCAGAACUGUAACCGUUAUCCCAGGACACGUGUUUCCUGGACUGAUCAAGACGAUGAAUUGGUGACUCGAGAAGGCCACUUCUACUCUGCUGUAGCUCAGUAUCUGAUGAAGAAUCCGACAGAAAGCGACGAGUUUGCUGAGAGCAGCCUGAGCGCUAUUGCCAGUCGUUGGAAACCAGAGCUUCAAGAACUUACACGAGACAUGAUCGAAUGCACAGCCCCGGUGCUGGAGGACGGUGUCGAACUGGAUCCUCACGACCCCAAGAAACUUGACCCCUCCUCAGACGAGGCAAAGGAGUACCGUCGGAAGCAACAGGCCCCAUGCCUUUUCAAAUGGUGGGAAGAUUACCGCAUGGAUGGAGAGCGGGCGAAAAGACUUUAA